AUGCGUGAUAAUGUCAAGGGCUCCAGGAUAUGCGAAACGAGGGACAAGGCAGUACUCAACGCUAUGACGAAGCACGACAAGAUCUGUGUAUGUGGAGCCUUUGACUUUAGCCAGCAGAAAGAGAGGAAACCGAUAUCGCCCAAGACUUUUGCCUCUUCUGGAACUCCUACAUCUUCCAAGACCCAUACGUCUUCGCAAGCGCAUACAUCUCCAAAGACUGAAGCACCCAAUAAGUCUCUAAAGACCGAUUUGUCCACUAAGACCCCAAGAAUUUCCCAAUCUCUCAAAAAUAAGGCUCUUGCGCCACGCAAGGCUCCUAAGUUUACUACGAAGCAGCUCUUGCAUUAUCAAAAGGAGCCAUUUGAAGAUGAGUCCGACUAUGACAAGAACAUCUUUGAAGGCAUACCUCGCAGAUUCUGA